AUGACAACAUCACACAGACCUCAGUUAGAGGCUCGCAACGGUUCCAAAUCGAGCUAUGUGCCGACCUCUAUUCAACAUGCCAGAUUGCUUCCUGGACACACCAAAUUGAAACUAAGGCAGAGGAAAGACCUAAGAGAUAAAGUGGAAUCAAGUUACGAAAGCUCGUCAACUACAAAACUACUAAGGAAUGACACGGAUACGGAGCAGGCAAACGUUGCCCGUGAGGCGGGACAGCUACUGGGUAGCGGAGAAGAGGAAAUAAGUGAAGUAGCCGAGGAGGGUGAGGACGAUGAAGGAGAGGAGGAAGUGGAGGAAGAGGAAGAGGAAGAGGAAGAAGAGGAAGAAGAGGAUCAAGAAGCUCUACUGCAAGAGCUACACAAGAUCCGGCAAGAAAGAAUGGUUCAGAAACUGAAAGAUGACCGCAAACAAAUAGAACAAGAAAGUGCCAUUAGCGUACCUUCAGAAACGCCAACAGUUCGCAAGAGCUGGCGGUCCCAAAAAGUCUUCGGCGGUUCGAAAUCCAACAAAGUUUCCAAGCAUGACGACAAGCAUCCUAAUCAUGGCUACACUAACAAUUUGACCAGCAGUAAAUUUCAUCAUGACUUUCUUCGUAAGUAUGUCCGCUAG